AUGUUUUCUUUCUCCUUCCCCACUCACUGCCAGCACCCCGCCCGCACCCCCGACACCGGCAUCUGCACCCCCAGCACCGGCAUCUGCACCCCCGGCAUCGGCAUCUGCACCCCCGGCAUCUGCACCCCCAACAUCUGCACCCCCAAUAUCUGCACCCCCAAUAUCUGCACCCCCCGGCAUCUGCACCCCCGGCAUCUGCACCCCCGACAUCAACACCCCCCGAUUUCUGCACCCCCUAACCCCACCGGCAUCAACACCCCCAACAUCUACACCCCCAGCACCGGCAUCUGCACCCCCGCCCCAACAUCUGCACCCCCAAUAUCUGCACCCCCGGCAUGUGCACCCCCCGAUAUCUGCAUCCCCAACAUCUGCACCCCCAACAUCUGCACCCCCAACAUCUGCACCCCCAACAUCUGCACCCCCGGCAUCUGCACCCCCCAACAUCUGCACCCCCCAACAUCUGCACCCCCGGCAUCUGCACCCCCGGCAUCUGCACCCCCCGAUAUCUGCAUCCCCAACAUCUGCACCCCCAACAUCUGCACCCCCGGCACCGGCAUCUGCACCCCCAACAUCUGCACCCCCAAUAUCUGCACCCCCAACAUCUGCACCCCCAACAUCUGCACCCCCAAUAUCUGCACCCCCGGCAUCUGCACCCCCGGCACCGGCAUCUGCACCCCCCAACACCUGCACCCCCCGACAUCAACACCCCCGAUAUCUGCACCCCCAACAUCUGCACCCCCUGAUGUCUGCACCCCCCGACAUCAACACCCCCCGAUUUCUGCACCCCCUAACCCCACCGGCAUCAACACCCCCAACAUCUACACCCCCAGCACCGGCAUCUACACCCCCAACAUCUGCACCCCCAAUAUCUGCAUAACCCCAUAA